AUGCGAAUCCUCCUCCUGUUGUUGUAUGUCAAACAUGUGUAUUCAAUGAGAUCGUGGGGAACGUGGAAGGUGUCUGAUGAGAAGUUGAAGGUGGUUACUACAUUCGGAGUCCAGCCUUUUAAUAAUUUGGAGCCAGAACUGACAAGAGGAUUUAUAUACGGAAAUGUGACAUCAGCAACAGAUGAGAAUUCAGAUGUGGCAUUACUUAUUGUACCUAACACAAGGUUCAACAGCUUUCAACAUUCUAACUAUUGGCAGCUUUCUUGUUCUAAUUUAAUGGAGGUAAGUGACUUUUGUACAGUGUUGUUUUCUUUAGGAAAAGUUAGGUAUAUAUCUAAUAAAUCAGGGAUAUAAUACCAUUUCUAUACCUAUUUAAGCAUGAAAUAACUUGUGAAUACACAGUAAUAUCAUUUGCUUUCAGAAUAUCAGUGAGAUUCUGUACGAGCCGAGAUGUUUGAAGAAGGGUCGACGAGGAGACUACAUGAGGUGGAUACCAUGUCCUCAUGGAAAGUAUUGUGUUGAUGAAGAUCGACCAGUACAUGUGAUAGAUGGAAGUCAAUUCACAUUUCGAGUGGAUGAACCAUAUGUUCCUGAAUAUUGGCAUGUUAUUCUUGUGGCAUGUAGAUUGGACGAGAAUUGUAGUUGGGUAGAGUCGGAGAGGUUAGAGCCGGUUAACUAUGACAUUUCACUUAUGAACGGACAUCCACUUUACGGGAAUUGGCUUACUAAUCAGUUUUCUUUUGAAGAACAGGUGAGUUACAUAUUAUAUAUAAUUAUUAAGGUAGUUUAAGGUGGAACAUGACCUAUAAUUGUGACAAGAUCAGAUCCCAACUUUAAAAUCUUUUCAGAAUAUAUUCGAGAUCAUUUUCUUUGGUUUUAUGGGCUUUGGCAUCUUGUCUAUUGUACAAGCGAGGUCUCAGACCAAGUCCAAGUAUCAUAUGUUAAACAUGAGGAGCAGAAUGUUAUUGUGGAUUAUUAAUCUGGAAGUUACUCGAUUAGGUAUUCAAUUAUUCAACAUGUCAAUUUAUGCAUUACACGGAUCUGCAUUUGUUUUUUUGAAUUAUGUUGCUGAAGUAAGUACUUGAUCACUUAAAAAGUAAUUUCUUUUAACGUUCUCUUAGUAUUUUUGAAAACUUUGUUGGGUCAAUUUGUGAAUUUUUAUAAACAUGAAAUGGCAUCUCAAAAUUAAAAAAAAAAUUCAGUUGAUCAGAAACUUGAGCAUUUGCCUCUUGUGCUUACUAUUACUUUUACUGAGUAGUGGAUGGUCGCUACGAAAAACGGGAUCUACGGUUAAAGGAUACUAUGUUUUCAAUAUUUGGUUAAUACUUUCUAUAGCUCAACUCUUUGUUUUUACUUAUGAUUAUGUAAGUUUUUGCUUAAAAAUAUGUUAAUAUUAACUGAUUAAAUUUUAUUAAUCAGAUAUAAUAUAAAAAUUUAGUUUAGGUGUACUUCAACAUCUUGUGUAUUGUACCAAGAAAGGUCCUUUGGUUGUUAAUAUUUUUCCUUUUUAGGUUUUCUUGGAAGAAAGUCGGAAUUACUUCGACUUUGUUGAUUCACAGGUACUUAAUAUUGUUUUGGGUUUAAGGUUAAUACAAGGUGUUUGGUUUUUAACGGAGAUGAAGCGAACUCUAAAGAUGUAAGUUCCAUUUUUGAGUUUAGAUCUUUUUUUAAUGAUUGUUUAAUAAAAAUGUUUUUAGAGAAACGAACCACGAAAGGUCCAUCUUUCUGGUGCACUUUGGAGCUGCUUAUAUGGUCUGGUUUACUUACUACAUAUUGUUGGUGUUGGUUUCGAUGGCUGUGUCCGAGUUUUGGCGGGUCAAAUUUGUUAUUUGUAAGAUUUUCACACUUUUUGUUACUAUUUUUGAUUAUAUAUUAUCCGUUUCGCAAUGUGUUGUAACAUUCUUGAAUUACUUUAAUAGCUCUAUGAUUAUAUUAUUCAGUAAAGUAUUAUAUAUUAUGUCCAAUAUGUACAGUCAUGUUUUCUUUAGCUGUCACAACAUUUGCCAACUUUGUCGCAUUGGCCUGUCUGGUCCAUAUCUUCUGGCCCACCAGUUCGUAUCGCAAUUUCUUCAACAGCGAUCUUAUGGUACAUCGUACGUUGAGUACGGGCUCAUCUGGCGCCGACAACGACGAGUAUGACAUGUUGAUUGCGGCCGCCAUGAACUCGGACGAGGAGAACACUCCUCACACGCCAUUCCAUUAG